AUGGCGUCUGCAGCUCUGCGGAGGAGGGCAUUCGGGGGCCUUCACGGCGUCGGAUCCUCUCUCUUUCACUCGGUUGCAUCUCCGACCUAUGGCGCCAUCGCGAAGGUUGUCUUGUGCUUCUGUUUUCCUCUUUUGCUGGGAUCAUCCACCCUUUCAAGUGCGUUCGGGUAUCGCUUUUCGGCUUGGUGGGUGACACGACAUUAGUAGGAUUGUUGCUGGGCAAUCAAGUUUUCAUGCCGCUCGUUUGUGUGUUCGUGUGUUCACGUUAUUAUCGUUCUCAAGACCUCGCCGAUUCUUAUCUUUCCUGCCCGAUUGUAUUUGAUUCAAAAUGUAUUUGUUUAUAGGAACCGUAUGGCUGUGGUUCCAGUUUUUCCCUCUUGUCCCUGUUGCGACGUGGAUUAUUUCGCCAUUUAUCAACUACUACGUCAAGUGGAACAGAAGCAGCAUCUGUAGUACUACCAGCUACGACCAGUGAGCCGGUUGUUUCUGUCGAUUGGCUCCAUGGUUCUCUCAGGGAACCUGAUCUCAAGGUGAGAUCCCUUUCCGUACCGGUAAUGCCUUGUAUUGUCGGGUGUUGCCCCCAAAACCCUCCGCCCCCGUACCAGUCAGUCUGGAAAAUAGUUGCCAGUAAAAUGAUUAAACACGUACUUUACUGUCAAAUAUAUUCUCCUUUUUUGUCAAUCUCCCUAUAUUUGCACGCCAUGGGAGAAAUAAACCAAUGUAUCAAAAAUGACCUUCAUCGCAAAUGAGUUACCUGAUGCAUCCACUAAACUUUGCCACCUCAACGUGUGGUUUAACAUUUUCUAUUUUUCGAAACAUCUAUAUCCAGUCGAGUCUAACCCGAUCCCAUUUUUUUAAUAUUUUUCUCUAGUCCUUAAGUGUCUUCACAAUUGCACAUUAUUUGUUGCUGCUACUGUAGCUCGCCCGUCUGCCUCAUUAUCAUCAUCUUGAUCCACUUUCUCUGUCGACUUUAGCUGCUUCCACUGUCUUUUUCAGUAUUUUUUUUUUAGACCCAUACAGUUUUUCAAGUCUUCAGUGGGAUAUUUUAGUCGUAGUUUUCUCUUAGCUAGUGCAUCUCUUCACUGGUCACUGUGUCAAUGAAUUUUAUCUCGACAUGCAUAGAUUAUCUUUAGCUAUUCAUGAUACAUAACCUUUUGAGAAAAAAAUUCAUUUGAAAGUAGAAUGUGGCGAAUCCAGUGAUUGAGUAUUUAUUUAUCAUUAUAGGUCAACGACAUUGUCUGUUUGAACCUGUAAUUUGUUGGUGUACCUAGUCUCCCCGUUGGUUAAAUAGUUUUUGGUGGUUUUUCUUAUUCCUCAAUAUUCGAAUAAGUUCUCCAAGUUAGAUUUGAUCCUUUCCUCGCUAAUAUGCAUAUCUUUUGUUUUAUUCUCUAUUCAGGUAUUGGAUGCAUCUUGGUACUUGCCGAAUGAGCAACGAAAUCCGCUCCAAGAGUACCAAGUAUGCAAUCUUACUAUAUUCUUCAUUUUUAAAUUUUCAGUUGUGUUGACGUUAUGCCCUGUCUGUUUUGAAAAAAAUAAUUGAUAUAUUUUUUUCAUGUCAUGCGUUGUUAAUGUUCAACGUAUCCUUCCUACAUUCUGCAAACAGAUCAUUUUCUUGUUUCAGUCUGCUCAAGAUCCUUACGUUUACUGAGUAGUUUUUUAAUCCUGCCCUUUUGUGUUCCCUAUCUUCUCCUUUAUUGUUUCAAUAAGUACUAAAAUCCCUUUUUGCAUAUUGUUGUUUAGGAUCCUUGUAUCCCAAAAAGGUAUCGUGAAGUUACUUUUCAGUAAAAUAAAUGUGGAGCUUUAUCUCUUUUUUAUUUAUAAAAAUAAUGAGUUAAUUCUAUCCAUAAAAUUUGAAUGUUUAUAUUGUACGUUUCCAUUAAAAACUAAAAACUGUAUCCAAAUUUUUGCUUCUAGUUAAAACUAUCUCCCAAAUAGGAUGGGAUGAUAAAUGUUUAAUGCUUCUAAUUUACCAUUGUAUUUUGCUCCCCAACUAUGUUUCUUUCCGGUGUCACUUUGGUAUGGCGAUGGUAUAUUUCUAAAGCUUGUGUAACAUGGCUGAACCAACAAUUGUGUUCCUCAGAAAAACGAUAGCAUGAUUUUCUUUUUUCCUGAGAUGGUGGAAAACAUUUUUCUUGUCCUGGGAAUGUACACUUUUUUUUCAUUCGGCUGUUUCAGGUGAACUUCUCUUUCUGCAAAAUGUUGGACCACAUUACUCGUUGAUGAUAUUAUCCGUGCGAUCUUUAAAAUUUAUCUGUUUAAUAAUAUAAUGUUCGUUUAAUAUGCGAAGUAAAAUCGAAUAACGAAAUUUUAUGGGGUGCAUUGUUGUAUAUAUGUUCUAUUACUUGCUAAUAAAAUAUCUGAGGCCACUGUGCUGAUAGAGUUUGAACUGGAACAUUUUUAAUAAAGAUGGUCGAUUUAGAUGUCUAGCUGUUGUGGAUUGAAUAUUUCUGUAAAUACACUUGAAUUAUUAUGAACUCAAUUUCCCUUUACUAUGGAACUCCCUGCAGGUGGCUCAUAUUCCUGGCGCGCUUUUCUUUGAUAUCGACGGGAUAUCAGACAAGAAUAGUAAUGUGAGCUAGAAUUUUAUGGAGACCUUCAGUCAUGCUCUUUACAUCAAUACUGGUGCUAUGUCUCCUUACUGUAUUCGUAUCUAGGCUUUCAGGGGGUGCGGUGACUUCAAUGUCUCAAAUAGCUCUAAAUAGGUGUAUUAUUUGCUCAUAUAUUUACACAUAUUGAUGCUACCUCUUUACUUGACAAAAUCAGACUGAAUCUGAACUCAGCUAGAUGAUGGUCAUUACAGUUGUCAACUAUAUCCUUUACACGCCAGUGUUAGGAACAUGGGUAGUUAAGGACAUGAGAUAAUCCAUCCACCAGAUUCCAGGUAAUGGUCAAUCGAAAGACUUAUGGUACUAGUUUGGUGAUUGUAAACCAUUUUCUCGGUAGAGCAGUUUAGGUUCACGUGUUGGUUGAGAAACUGUUAAAAAUUCUUUUAGAUUUUAGGAAAUCCUUCUCUUCUCUGGAAGGAAUUGGGCCAAAACUUUUUAGGAAGUCCUUUAGUCUGAUGUGAUUUUAGCCUAUCAACGUUUGCAUUCAUUUCUUAUUUUCUUGAAGCAACCCCCUUUAUUUAUUUGUGAUCUGAGGUUUAUUCUCCUGACAAUGGUUUUUCAUGACUAAUUUUGGAUUGAAAACUUCCUGGUGAAUGAACGUCGUUGAUUCUGUGAUUUUAGUUUACGAUCUAUCAAAAUUGUGAGUGUUGCCGUCAUGAUCCUUUCUGUUAGUCUGACCCCUGCAGAGGCAUAGUGGGAUAAUGUGCCAACUUUUUUAUCUAGGUUAGAUUGUUCCAUAUUUUACUUUUAUUCCAUUUAUAUUUUUCUUAAUUACUGGUUCUCUUACAGCUUAGUUCUAGUACAUUAAAUACAUGAUAUUUGAAACCAUACGAGUAAAGGUCCUCAGCAUUUGGUUCCUUAAAAGAUGGCAUAAUCAUGCCUAUAGAACGGGGAGAUAGAGGUGGAUGAGUCUUCCUUCUUACUAAUAUAGCUCUACAUGCAGAAAAGUUUAAGUGGAAGAUCUCCACACAGAGCCAUCGUAUUUGAUUGAAUGAGACCAAGAGCUUUAUGCUUUUCAACGGUUCCUUGUUAGUGACCUUUUGCUGUCAUAAAAAAGUCAUUAUGAUUUUAUUUAGGUUGGGAAUCAAACAGAAUCGAAGAAGCUGCCUGAAUGAAAUUCUUUUCCAGUAGGCUAGUUGAAAAGUGACAGAUAUUCUUCUGUUUUAUUUACAGACAUUUAUUGCUUUUUGACUACUGGAGAUUACAAUAAAAAGUCCCCCCCCCCCAAAGCUAAUAUAGACAAUAGUUUUUUUAAUGAUCAUUGUAUUAAAGGUUGUGCCAAACUUCUUUGUAGUUUUUCCAGGGGUUCAUAUCCUGUGGUUGGAUAAUUAUAUUAUCGUCAACAUCUUGUCAAAAUUGUGGUUAAAUUAAACUUUUUUGGUGCUCCCUUCUUAAUGUAGCUGCUCCAAUAAUCACUCUUGUUUACAUGAUCUGGUUGAACAACAAACUAGGGGACGGAACUUUAAGACAAAAUAAAAGUGUAUUCGAAAAUCGAUUCUAUAACAUUUCAUGCAGAGGUCGCUGGAGCAUGUGUAAGAAAAGCUGAAAAUAGCUAUUCUUAGAAAUGGGGUAAAAGUUGCCUACGUUGUAGGGAACUUCUACAAUAGUUAAGAUGACAUGGAACAGUUAAGAUGCAUAUAAAUGGAAUUAAUCUUAGCUUAGGCACCUAAGUAAUUACACCGUAGUCUAUUUCCUUGCUUACCUAUGUCACAUUCACAAGGAUUACAUUAACUUUUUAGUUGUUGGAUAGUGUCCACGUAUUGAAACCAAAGUUCAAAUCUUUUCUGUGGUAUAUGCUUUUAGAGUUCUUCUAACCUUUGAGAGAUUAUGGUGUCCAUAUCACAUAGCCAUCCAUAGGAGGGACUACGAUGAUUCCUAUUCCUCAAAGGUCACAAGGAUUUUAAAAAUAUGGAGCAGGAUUUGGAACGAGUUUUAAAUAUUUGGAGACUGAUAAAAAAAAUCAAUGCCAGUUCAGAGGAGGGGAUCCCAUGACCUUUGCCUAUUCUAUUCUUCCACAGCUCUGGUAGGUUGUUAGAAGUAAAAUUUAUUGGUGGUCCCUUAAACUCUAGACCAGCCCCCCCCAACUAUAGAUAGCAUAUGAAUAAGUUUGUGACGAGUCAUAUACCAGAGAUUUACUUUGCAAGUUACCGAACCAUUAUCAUCAUUGUAAUGGUCUCCCUUGGGUUAUGACCCUGACCUCCUUCCGUGGGCAGAACUAACCUUGAAUCAUUUUUCUCUAACUGGGAUUGAUCACUGAACGACAAUAAUUCCACAGGUCAUCGCUGAACGGGAAGUGGGACCAUUCAUGUACCUUUGUUUAGUUUGUAUGUUUGCCUGACAAUGGACCAUUGUUUCCAUGUUAUUUGAUCACUGAUGCACGCCUGCGUAUAGUCGAUCACAAAUUAUCCAUUUUGAGUAGCGACUUCUUUAUUUGUCUCAAGUAACGUAGCCUUCAAUUUGACUUUAUUGUUUGAAGCAACAUGCAUACUGUCUUUAACGUUCACCUGGAUUUUUUUGUUUGAUCUGUAAGAUUUUAUUAGAUAUUUUUCUAGCUUUUCCUGUGAAAAUGACUGUAUUGUGUAAAAAAAUAUGAAUCAGUUGCCACACAUGUUACCAUCAGAGGAAGCCUUUGCUGCGGCUGUAUCUGCUCUUGGAAUCUGUAACAAAGAUGGGGUGGUAGUUUAUGAUGGAAAGGGUAUCUUUAGCGCAGCUCGUGUAUGGUGGUAAGAUAAUCUAUACAUGUAAAUUAUUCUUCAGAUAUGAUUGUGGAGUUAUACUCACCAGGUUUUAUAGUGUCUGUUCAUUCACUAUCAGUACCUCAUUUUUUCCCGUGUGAUACGCUGACUUUUCGAGAUUUUCUUUCUAAAUCUAUCAGUUUUCUGUAAUCUGGAAACUUUAAGGAGAUACGUCAUUCUCCUGUUGAAACUUGACUCGAUAACUGACGUCUCUAUGUGGCAUUAUCAAUUUGUCUACCGCAGAGAAGUGAUGCCCAUUGUGCAGCAAAGGAGUGUAAUAAUGCAUUUUUUUCUUAAUUAAAUUUCCUUCCUGCCGGCUUUAACCCUCCAGCUUAAAGAAGAAUGUUUGAUUGAUGGUGUGUGAAAUUAAAUUACGGGUAAAUGACAACUGAUUGCCCAAUGAUUAUUGACAUAUUUUCUCUUCUGAGUCAAGCUUUAAGUGGGAGAUUGACUUGCCAUAUUGUUUGUUUUCCAUGCCUUUAUUAGUUUACGAAUAUAUUAUUAAAUCCCAUGAAACUGCCUGUAUUUUCUUCUGUAGGGCGGAAAGAUUAUGAUUUGAAAAUUGGGGAUGCCACUUCAUGAUUACUUCUAUGGAUAAUUAGUUCGUGCGGAAUGUAAAUCGGAAUGCAAUGCUUCGAAUACUUCUUUUUCAAAGUCAGUCAACGUCCUUUGCAGUUGUCAGUUUUUAUACUACGGAUUUAUUUUCUUUCACUUUACGCUCUGAUUCUAGUCAAAUAAAGUCUCUAGCUUUGCUUACAUUAUUGGGCACUAAACGUUCCUCUUUCUUGUCUGUGAACUACACUCCUUUGCUCUAGAUCAGUAAAAGUCCUCUGCUUUCAGAUCCAUGAAGUAAAACAUGAUAUCAUGCUGUGCACCGGGAUCUACUUAAUGGCCUUUGCUUAUCCUAACGUUAUUUCAUUGGAAGGAUGUUCCGAGCAUUUGGACAUGACAAAGUGUGGGUGUUGGAUGGAGGAUUACCCCGUUGGCGUGCUGUAGGUUAUGAUGUCGAAUCUAGUGCCUCUGGAGAUGCAAUUUUGAAAGCUAGCGCUGCUAGUGAAGCGAUAGAGAAAGUAUAUCAGGGACGACCAGUAUGUUCUCAAAUUCGAAGUUGUUUCCUUACAUAUUCUGUUUAUUUGGUUGUAAAUGUGUUGCUGACUGGUAUAGCAUACUAUGACAACGUUAGAUUACCAAAGAAGAAAUAAAAGAUACCCACAUUGGAUGGAAGUCCUUGAAAGUGAAGCAGCUACCCCCAAACCUAAGUACCUUUGCAGAUGGAAAUGUUUUAAGAAAAAAAGAAAUAAAAGAGGACAGUAAGACAAAUAAAAAAUAAGUAAAUUCAGCGGCUGUCUUCGAAAAAGAAAUUGUGAGUUGCACGACUACACAUGGUGAUGAGGAAAGGGGAUGCCAAUCAGAUGAGGAAACUCAAUUGGAAGGGGAUGAAGCUGGGAGUUCUGGUAGCAGUAACAUCACUGGAUGAAGAUGGAAAACUGCUGAUGGUUCCCUUCUUUUAACCUUCUCCACAAUCAAUUGGGGAUUUUUUUUUGACCAAGUUAGAUGAUUCCCCUUCUAUGCACAAUAAAUUGCAGGGGGCUUUAUUAUCUUUUGGUAAAUCCAGCUGUUUCCUCAGGUUUAUAUCAGCAGGAGAGAGAUGAUGUAAGAUGACAACGCUGUGACAUAAUCAUUAUGUCUAGGGGUGCUUCAGUCUUUCAAAUCUCAUAGGACCUCUAUAAAAAUGGGGUCUUAGUUCUCCCUCAAGGACACACUUGGACCAAAAAGGGAAGAAAGUGACUAAGAAAAAAUAGAGAGAGGGCAUGGGUACCAUUUUCGAGAAAAAAGUAAUCUCUAGCCUACUCUAAAAAUCUUUGGCUUGACCCACUCAAAAACCCUAGUCUUGGACCAUCUUAAAGAAAUUCUAGCUCAUUUAAGCCUCAUAAAAUGAUUAAAAACUUGAGUUUAUGUGAGCCUUGUGUCUAACGACCAAGUCAUUUGGCCUUAUGAUUUGUGUAUUUCUGACAGUAUGUAGGCCAUGUGCCUAAUUUUCCAAACCACUAUUAAUGGUCUUGUUAAUCUUAUGGGAGAUAUGCUGAGUAAUUCGACCUAAUAACAGUGAACCCACAUGAUCUUAUAAAUCUUGUUUUAAUAAAUGAUAAUAAUAAAUACUAGCACGUGCCCUAUGGCAACCUUAUGGAAAAGAAUUUAGAGCCCAAUGGUCUUAGUGAAACCAUGCCUAGUAGGAUAUAAAUGGGUUUAAUAUCAUUAACUCUUUCAAUGAUAGUUAUUAAUAUUCGUCACACAAGCUUUAUUCCAUGAUUUCUCCUUGACCUUUAUCCGUUAGAAAAAUUUGUCAAGGGUUUUGUCUUGGAAAAAUUUGUUAAUUGGGCUUCAGUUCUUUAAAGUUUUCUCAAAUGGGCAUUAUCUCAUAAAUUCUGAAAUGAUCUUCAUCUCUGAAAAUUGUCGUAUGACCUCUUGUUCCACAGACUCCAAAAUGGGCUUCAUCCUAAAAGCUAAACAAAUGGGUUUCAUCCCAUGGUGCUAUCCUCUUAGCCUACAUUAAGUUUUUUCUAUGAUUAUAUGAAAUGGCGCCUUUUUUUUGACGUCAUCUUUUAUGACAGUUAACCAAGAGUCUUUAUUUAUCAAAACGAUAUAAUUUACACUAAAUUUUGUUGGUGAGGAUCAACUUAAACAACACAGAAGAUUUAAUCCAUAAAUGAGCAUACAUAUAUAAUCAUCAUAAUAAUAAAUUUAUCUGAACUUAUUAAAGAGAUAAAAGACAACAAGUUUAUUUUGAAAAUGUGUUGAAAAACAAUGUUCCAUCAUUGCCUUAUAUAGACGAUUCCCCUUACUUGUUUAUUUCUGCAGGUUGGUCUAGCAACAUUCCAAGCAAAGUUGCAGCUUCAUCUAGUUUGGACUCUUGAACAGGUUAGGUUCACUAUUCUGUUGGUUCGCUUAGGACUUAGUUAUACUCUUGUUUCGUUUUAUUUGUCAUUCUGCAUAGCAACAUGCAACUCGAAAGAACUGAAAGAAUAGAUCACCCUCGAUUAGAGGCUUCUCAGAUAUUAUUUUAAAGUGAGAGCUUUAAAACGACUUAAUUAUGUGAAAAUACCUUGUAUAACAUUGCUUACUUAUUUUUUUAAUUUGCUUCUUCUUACAUAUCAGGUUUGGAAUAGGGAUAUCAAUCCUUAGGGACUGCCAUUGCUUCUUCUUACCUUGGCGGGUAGUCAACUAGUUAUUAUAGUUCGCUUAGCAGCAUGGUGGUUCCAUUGUCAGUUGAUGCCUUAACUGUUGUCUGCCCUGGUUGGGAUAAGGUUGGAACGGAGAUAAGACAGCAGACACGUUGUCUGAGAUAAUGGAUAUAACGAAGCACAAGGGACCAAGUAGUGCUCCCUUUCUCUUGGAGAGAAAAAUCCUUAGUUCUUCAUAUUUUUUCAUGGUUAUAAUCUUUUGUUCUCGCUGAUAAUGCAGUAGAUUUAAGCCAAAUAAUAUCUUGAAUCAUCGAUCAACUUUUUGACUAUUAUUGGUUACAUAAGAGAACGUUUAGGAGGUUCAACUCUUAAAUGCUUAUAGAUUUAGGAUGUCCUGAUUGUUGGAUGCAUAAGUUGAGGAAACUCACUUUGGCUGAAGUUUUUUUUUGUAGUUUUGACAAAAUCUGUUUUACAGUUCAUCUAAAGUAAUUGAAUCUCACAUAAUUUUAUGGACAAAUCUUGAUGAGUAAGGACUUGGUGUUUUUAUAUCCACGUAUACAUGAUUUGAAUGGCUCUUUGCUUUGAAGCUCCAGAAAGUUAAACAAACUCGUAGGAGUUGAUAAUUUUUUAUUUACUUAUUUUUCAGAGUGAGAAUAAUUGUGCACAUAAUUAUUUUACUUCCUCCACCUGCAGAAUCCCGCACUGCUUUUUGUCACUUCAUUUUGUAUGAUGCAUCAUUCUGCACUGAGUUUUAAUUUGCAUAUAAAUCUUCUAUUCUUGGGUGUUGUAGAUGGGAUUUAAUUCCAUUUUUUAUAUUUUUCAAUGCUCAAUUCUUUGUUCUAAGUUCUUAUGUAAAAGGUGACAACUUAUGCUUGAGUAUGCGUUUUGACGUAUUCUAAGUCCUUACUUAAUUCUUAAGUUUUUUUUUCUUUUAUACAUGUUCAAGGUUCAGAAGAAUAUUCAUGAGCAAACAUAUCAGCAUAUAGAUGCCCGGUCAAAGUCAAGGUUCGUAGAUAAUAAACACUGCAAGUCUUGGAAAAAUUUCCUUAGCCUCGCGUACAUCUCUGAUAUCCAAUCUCAGCGUUUAUAUUACACCUGCUUCUCGCAUGGCUGGAUUGUUGUCGUGGAUUUCUGUGGCCACCUUUCUUUGUUUCUACUGAAAUCAUCUAAAAUUGACUUACUACUGUAUUUCAGAUUAGACCAGAGCUUUCUCAUAGGAACAUAUUAUGUUUCCUUUCAGAUUUGACGGUGUGGCUCCCGAACCUCGCAAAGGAAUAAGGGCUGGCCAUGUUCCCGGAAGCAGAUGCAUUCCAUUUGGACAGGUAGUAAUCAUUAAUGUCAAAUCAGCGAAAGAAUCCCACAGGACGCAGUCAGAGUCAGCCAAUCGUUCGAAAUCAUCCUAGGGAUCGCAUAAAUAAGUGCCUGUUUGCACCUAACGUAUAUUGGAUUGGUCUGGUUUAAUUCGACAGGUUUUGGAUAGCUCUCAGGUUCUCCUGCCUAGGAGCGAAUUGCAGAAGAAAUUCGAGGAUGAAGGUAAGAACAGCUUGUGGGCUUAAUAAAUCCUUACCGGCGAAGCAUUCCCCCCCUCUCUCUCUAGUUCUCUCUCUCUCUCUCUAUCUCUCUCUCUCUCUCUCUCUCUCUCUCUCUCUCUCUCUCUCUCUCUCUCUCUCCUCUCUCAGGAUAUCUAUCUAGCCGCCAGGAUAUUCCCUUCUGAAAAAGUGCACCAGUUUUGCAGUCUGGGCUGUUCUGAGGUGGGCAACUCACUGACGUUGCAGGAAUCUCGCUCGACCGCCCCAUCGUCGCCUCCUGCGGGACCGGGGUGACCGCCUGCGUACUCGCCUUGGUAAAGAAAGAAGAUCUCCGCCCCCACCCACGACGGGCCCAAGUUUUUUAUUUAACUUUGUCCUGGCGGAAGCGGAAUCGGUGACGAACUCGUUCGCCCUCCCCUCCUUACUUUCAGGGCCUCCAUCGGCUUGGUAAGGCCGACGUCCCGGUCUACGACGGGUCGUGGACCGAGUGGGCAUCGAAGCCCGACACGCCCGUCACCACAUCCUGA